AUGGCCAAGUCUUGCAAGGGAUUGGCCAUGGAGCUUGUGAAGUGUCUUAGUGAAUCUGAUUGUGUUAAGGUUCAGAAUAGAUCCUACAGGGAGUGUGCUGGAGAGAAGUGUCCAUCGAUAUCAAGUGAGUGUGUAGGACUCAGGGAAACCUAUUUCAAUUGCAAAAGAGGCCAGAUUGAUAUGAGAGCAAGGAUUCGUGGAAACAAAGGGUAUUAA